AUGCAACCCCUCCUCCGCCUCAUCACUCAAACUAAACCCACCCACCGCUCCCGUCUCCAGAUCGCCUGCCGCGUGAAGCCGAACGCCUCCCCCCUUCGUGAGGGGAUCACGGCCGUUGGACCUGAUCGCGUGGAGAUCUGCGUGGCAGCCGUUGCGCGAGACGGAGAGGCGAAUGCAGCGGUGACGAGAAUUCUUGCAGAGGUGUUCAGCAUCCCCAAAUCAGAUGUGGAGGUGAUCCGCGGAACGAAAGCGCGCGACAAAACGCUCUGCCUCGACGUGGAAAUUCACACGGGGGAAGAGGAAUUCCUACACUGGAGUCGCGGGGUUCUUGAAGGCGCUAUAAAGAUCUGA